CAUCGAACCUGCAAGAUGCAUCCAAAUUCUGCAAUCGCUUUUUUUCUGUUGCUGGGCCUGUCCUGGUGUUUUAGGUUGCAGAUUUCCGAUGAGGAUGAUAGCGACGAGUUCACAAAACAGGAGCUGCAGUUUGCAGAGCACUAUUUAAAGACUCAUUAUAAUCUCUGGUCAAGUCCCGCCAGCAUCUUGAAGUCAGGGGAUACAUUUUCCACCAAACUUCGAGAAAUGCAAUCGUUUUUGGGGCUAGAAGUCACCGGAAAGCUGAAUGAAGAAACCUAUGAGUUAAUGAAGCAGCCCCGAUGUGGAGUCCCUGAUGUGGGAGAGUACAACUUUUUUCCUCGAAAUCUAAAGUGGUCCCAUACUAAUUUAACAUACAGGAUUUUAAAUUACACCCCGGAUCUGAAAAAGUCUGAAGUGGAGCGAGCCUUCCGAAAGGCAUUCAAAGUCUGGUCUGAUGUGACACCACUCAACUUCACCAGAAUUCGCACCGGAGUAGCAGAUAUCAUGAUCUCCUUUGGACGAAGAGAACAUGGUGAUUUCUAUCCUUUUGAUGGACCUUCUGGUCUCCUGGCUCAUGCUUUCCCUCCUGGACCAGGUUAUGGAGGAGAUGCUCAUUUUGAUGAGGAUGAAUUGUGGUCAACCGAUUCCAAAGGAUAUAAUUUGUUUCUCGUGGCUGCCCACGAAUUUGGUCAUGCUCUCGGACUCGAGCAUUCCAGGGAUCCAGGUGCUCUGAUGUAUCCAGUCUACACAUACACAGGGAACACUGGCUUCUUGUUGCCAGAUGAUGAUUUACAAGGGAUCCAGACUCUUUAUGGUGCAGGAGAUCAUGAUCCCCAUCCUGAUCAUCCCAAAACCCCUGAGAAAUGCAGUGAAAACUUAACGCUUGAUGCUAUCACAGAAUUUCGAGGAGAAAUGAUGAUCUUCAAAGACAGGUUUUUUUGGCGCCUACAUCCUCAGAUGGUUGAAGCAGAUUUGGUGCAGAUUAGAUCAUUUUGGCCAGAAAUUCCAACCAAAAUUGAUGCAGCUUAUGAACACUCUGACAAAGAUCGUGUGCUGCUUUUUCGGGGCAGAAAAGUUUGGGCUUUGAAUGGUUAUGAUAUAGUAGAGGGCUAUCCUAAAAAAAUUUAUGAAUUGGGUUUGCCAAAAUCCAUAAAGGUAAUCGACGCAGCAGUCCAUAUCGGUGAGACUGGGAAAACUCUCUUUUUUACAGGAGAAAAAUACUGGAGUUUUGAUGAACAGAAUCAGUUCAUGGACAAAGGCUACCCUAGAUUUAUACAAGAUGACUUCCCAGGAAUUGGUCGCCGAGUAGAUGCAGUCUAUCAGAAAAAUGGCUAUUUGUAUUUCUUCAAUGGACCACUGCAGUUUGAAUUCAGCAUCUGGGAUGAAAGAAUUAGUCGUGUCUUGAGAACAAACUCAAUCUUUUGGUGCUGAAUAUAUUAAACCAGGUUUUGAACUGUGGAAUAAUGUGCUACUCAUGAAAAAUAAUACUGUACGUGGAUUAUUUUUUUUCACCUAAAAGCUUGCUUCUGUGAACAAGCUUAGAUAACAUUAUCACUGAUUUUAUAUUGUAUAUAUGGGACGUAUAGCUAUCAGUCUGGAACUGAGUUAAAUUGAAAGGGUUUAGCUUUUCGUAAUGUAUCAACAUUUUGUAUGGAUUAACACUAUUUAAUAGUUGAAUAAAAAAAAAGACCAUCUUCCUGUCAAGGGCUGACUGGAGAAAAGAAACCCCUUGGGAAAAAAGAGCAUCCUAGUUGGUAGUAGGCAACUUCAGGCAAUUGUUCAAUAAUAAAAUUAAAAAUGGGGCAGGGAGGAAGUGGGCAGAUCUCUGAAUUUCAGAAUCUCAUGAAAUUAAUUGUUGACAUCAAGGAUCAGUCAAGUGAUCUUGAAAAGAUAAAGCAUGAUAAAGUUUGUCAGUGUUCUGAGAAUUUGACUAGUUUUAUUUAUUUAUUUUUUAAAAAGGGUUUUAAUUUAAAUUGAGUUUCAAGCGGAUAUUAUGGAGGAGUAUCUCAGGUGAUGCUUGAUGACCUGAAGGUAAAUUAAUAAAUUUACAGGUAGUUCUCGAUUUACGACCAUAAUUGAGCCCAAUAUUUCUGUUGCUAAGUGUGACAGUUGUUAAGUGAGUAUUGCCCCAUUUAACAACCUUUCUUGACAUAGUUGUUAAACGAAUCACUGCAGUUGUUAAAUUAAUAACAUGAUUAUUAAGUGAAUCUGGCUUCCCCAUUGACUUUGCUUGUCAGAAGGUCGCAAAAGGUGAUCGCAUGACUUUGGGACACUGCAACCGUCAUAAAUAUGAAUCUGUUGCCAAGCCUCUGAAUUUGGAUCACUGAAUUUGGAUGCUGCAAUGGUUGUAAGUGUGAAAAUGACCAUAAGUCACUUUUUUCAGUGACGUUGUAACUUUGAACUGUCACUAAAUGCACUGUUGUAGGUCGAGAACUAUCUGUAAUUUGGGGAACAAAACACUUUUCAGGAUGAUGCCUCAAAUCUUUAGGAUGAAAGUAAGUGGGGGAAGGGAGUGUUAUGAGCCUGUGCACUACAUUUCAGUUUAAAUUAAGACCUCAAACAAUAGGUUUUUUCCCCCCUAAAGAUUUCAUAAAGAAAUCUUAAAGGAAAUCAUGGAAAAUGCACAAUUUAAGAUUAUCUCCAGGGUCCUAGAUUCCUUAGAAGAAUGUCAAUCUUAUUUUUUUAAUAAGAGCAUUUUAGCAAAAUAAUAAUAAUAAUAAUAAUAAUAAUAAUAAUAAUAAUAAUAAUAAGCAUAUUUCCUCAUUUUACAAGGAAAGAGGCCUUUAUUUUAGUUAUUUUUUUCAUUCAUUUUGUAUUUAGUGUAACACUGUCUACAAAUCCCUAGCAUUUAAAAAUAUGUGAAGUUAUAGUUAUGUUUCUUCCUUAUGUUAUGUAUGUGUGUUGUUGUUGUUGU